AUGGCCCCCGCCCGCCGUCCCGCCGGAGCGCGGCUGCUGCUGGUGUGCGCGGCUCUGCAGGCCGCCGCCGCGGACCUCGGCUCCCCGGAGCCGCCCUCGCCGCCCGCCCGCCCCGCCGCCGAGAGCCCGCCGGUAAGACGCGGCCGCCCCUGCCCGCGCCGCGCCGCGCGUGCCCGAGGCCGGCGGAGGCGCGCUGGCGCGUGCCCGAGGCCGGCGGAGGCGCGCUGGCGCGUGCCCGAUGCAGCGCGUACCCGAGGCCGGCGGAGGCGCGCUAGCGCGUGCCCGAGGCCGGCGGAGGCGCGCUGGCGCGUGCCCGAGGCCGGCGGAGGCGCGCUGGCGCGUGCCCGAGGCCGGCGGAGGCGCGCUGGCGCACGGGGCGCGCGGGGCGCGGGCCCGGGCCGGAGCGAGGAGUGCGUCGGCCGCAGAUGGGUGCCUGGGAGGCCCGGGAGCCGGUAUCGGGACGGGGGUCGGGGUGCGGCGCCCGGAUCCUGCAGGGCCGCCCUGACAGCCCUUGAAGGCUGCUUCCUGCAAAGCAUGCUGCGUGGUACUGGCAGGAAGACAAUCUGGGGGCUGGCUGUGUUCCAGGAGCUCAUCACGGAGCAAACACACAGCGUCGACCCCCGGGACGCCUGGAUGCUGUUUGUCAGGCAGAGUGACAAGGGCGCCAACGGCAGGAGGAGGAGCAGGGACAAGGACAGGGGGCUGAAGCUCGGCCUGCCUGGGCCCCCUGGGCCCCCAGGACCCCCAGGACCUCCCGGUGCCAUGAUUGCACCCGAAGUGCUGCUGGAGGAGUUCUGCCAGCUGUUGAAAGGCGACUCGCAGCAGCGCGAACCCGCGGGGCCCGCGCGCUGCCCGCGAGGCCCCGCCCAGCCGGCCUCCGCCCGGGCCGACGACGCGGACGCGGGAGCCCUGCUGCAGCUGCUGGCCGCACCCCCGACCCCGGCCCCGAGGGCGUCCCGCGUGGAGGCUGCUUUCCACUGCCGCCUGCGCCGGGACGCGCCCGUGGAGCGGCGCGCGCUGCGGGAGCUCGGCGCCUACCACCUGCCCGACGCCGAGGGCGCCUUCCGUCGCGGCCUGGGCCUGAACCUGACCAGCGGCCAGUACACGGCGCCGGUGGCCGGCUUCUACACGCUGACCGCCACGCUGCACGUGGCCUUGGCCGGGGAGCCCAGGCGGGGCCCGCCGCGGCCCCGGGGCCGCCUGCGCCUGCUCGUCUGCAUCCAGUCCCGGUGCCAGCGCGACGCCUCCUUGGAGACCGUCAUGGGCCUGGAGAGCAGCAGCGAGCUCUUCACUGUCUCUGUGAGCGGUGUCUUGUACCUGCAGAUGGGUCAGUACAUCUCUGUCUUCUUGGACAACGCCAGCAACUCCUCCCUCACGGUGCGCAGCAGCUUCCACUUUAGUGGGGUCCUCCUGGGCGUGUGAGCGGCCGCCCCAGGCUCGCCUUCAUCUCGCAGAUGGAGCAGACCCAGAAGCCUACCCAGCCUUGGGCCAAUGCAGGGGGAAUCUGCCCGGAACUUGGCCCAGAGCUGGCCACGACAGGCCAGGUGGUCCUGCAGGGGUCACUCACAGCCAGCGGUCCCAGAACUAGUGACUUCAGGAUGCCAUGUGAGCCGAGCCGCCAGUGUGCCUGGAGAUGCCCAGCGUGCCUGGCCGCACCUGCUUCUCCCCAGCUGCACACCUAGUUUCCUCAAGCCUCAGAUUCUUUCCUUGGCCUGGCGCAACCUUUUCCAGAUUUAGCACUCACGGCCUGCAGGGGGUCCUGGCAGGAUCCUGCCCUGCAAGGGGAGUGACCCUUGCUCAGAGGGGGUCCAGACCAUCUUCCCAACCAGCAGUGACCACUCCCUGUCCACCCAGGCAGCUGCUCUUCUGUCUCCCUCUCUCAGCUAUACCUCUCCUUGCUGGUGGACAUACAAGACAUACUGUGGACCCUGGCACAGCAGGACAGACUUUGUAGGAGGCAGUGCACCUAGACUUGUCAAGUGCACUCAAGAUGAGCCACCAAGUCCCGCCCAGCCUUCCUGAGGGAACCGCACAACCCCGCUCCCCUCCCAGGGCUCUGGACUGGCUGCUACCAGGAGGGGUAGCAUCCCGAGGUCCUUCCAGCCAACCUGCAGCUGGUGGGGUGAAGCCCAUGCUUCCCCUAGGCUGGGCCCUGUGACCUGGUGGGCGUGGAUGGCUCUAGGGGUCCUUCCUGUUUGAGUGAGUGUGGUGCUGGCCACACUGGCGGAGGCAGUGCUGAGGAUGGAGAGAGCAGUUUCCAGAGGGGAUGCAAUGUUAUUUAAGCUCGAAGCCCCCCAACAUUUCCCAAGGACAGGACUGGCCCCUGGGGCUGGCAAUAAUGACAAGGCCCCCAGCAACACCCUCAGAGCCCACUGCCUGCUGAGCAGCUGACCCUCAACCCCAACACAGCCAUAGGCUGAGGCAUCCAGUGCUGGGAGACCCCUCCCCCCCAGGUGUCCAACUGGCCUGGUGGCAGGGGUGCUAAAGUCUGGGAGAAGGGGACGAUGGCCAGUCCUGUGACCUUCCAGCUGGCCCCUGGACCAUGUGACCACAUCCAGGCUGACCCAACCAGCAGCCUUGUCCACACACUAAACUUAAAACUUCUCCCCAAGCCAAAGCAAAGACACGGCACAGCAGACAACCACUGUGCCCAUGGGCAGGCCGGCCAGAUUCUCAGUAGGGCUCAGACCCGCCCUACCAGGAAGAACCCACAAACCCUGAUAAGGGGGUGGUGGAGCCCCGCUCUCCUCAGGAUUCUACCGUGUAUCCAGCGGGCACAGACACUUUAGAGAAGUUAUCUUUUCCCUUGAAAAGCCACAUGGGCACAUAUCUCGCCUCACCUGUGUGUUGCGCAGCAUGUGGGGGGAGAGAAUCUCACUUUGAUGAGUAAUGUGAACACAGGCUGUGGAAAUAAAGGGCCAAAUGAGGA